CUCGCUCAGCCGCGGGAACCCAAGGUUCACAGGCUCCCUGAGCGCCUGCGCGGGGGGGCCCAGAGAGGAACUGGCGAACCGCGGGGCGACCGAGGCGCAUGCGUACACUGCCUGACAGCGCGCGGAGGGAAAAAUCCGCGAGACCGCGGCGGGAGAAGAUGGCGGUGCUGGGGUAGAGUUUGCAAUCUUUGUGACUGGGCGAGUCGGGUAACUGUCCGGGUCAUGGCGUCAAACUCAACCAAGUCGUUCCUGGCCGAUGCCGGCUAUGGCGAACAGGAGCUGGACGCUAAUUCCGCUCUUAUGGAACUGGACAAAGGACUGAGGUCUGGCAAACUCGGGGAGCAGUGUGAGGCAGUCGUGCGCUUUCCCAGGCUUUUCCAGAAGUACCCGUUCCCUAUCCUCAUCAACUCAGCAUUCCUAAAGUUAGCUGAUGUUUUCAGAGUUGGAAACAACUUCCUGCGGCUGUGUGUUCUCAAAGUGACGCAGCAAAGUGAGAAGCACCUGGAGAAGAUUCUAAAUGUGGAUGAGUUUGUGAAGAGGGUGUUCUCAGUGAUCCACAGUAACGACCCCGUGGCCAGAGCCAUCACUCUCCGGAUGUUGGGAAGUCUGGCGUCCAUCAUCCCUGAGAGGAAGAAUGCCCAUCACAGUAUCCGCCAGAGUCUGGAUUCCCAUGAUAAUGUAGAAGUCGAAGCUGCUGUUUUUGCAGCCGCAAACUUCUCUGCACAGUCGAAGGAUUUUGCUGUGGGGAUCUGUAACAAAAUCAGUGAAAUGAUUCAAGGCUUAGCUACACCGGUGGACCUGAAGCUGAAGCUGAUCCCGAUCCUGCAGCACAUGCACCACGAUGCCCUCCUGGCCUCCAGCGCCCGCCAGCUCCUGCAGCAGCUGGUCACGUCCUACCCCUCCACCAAGAUGGUCAUCGUGUCUCUGCACACUUUCACUCUGCUGGCAGCCUCCUCUUUGGUUGACACACCCAAGCAGAUUCAGCUUCUGCUGCAGUAUUUGAAGAAUGACCCCAGGAAAGCCGUGAAGAGACUUGCUGUUCAGGAUCUGAAGCUGCUUGCUAGUAAGACACCACACACGUGGAGUAAGGAGAAUAUUCAGGCACUCUGUGAGUGUGCACUGCACACUCCUUAUGACAGCUUGAAACUCGGGAUGUUGUCUGUCCUCUCUACGCUGUCAGGAACCAUUGCCAUUAAACAUUACUUCAGUGUAGUUCCCGGAAAUGUAGGCUCUUCCCCCAGAUCUUCUGAUUUAGUCAAAUUAGCUCAAGAAUGCUGUUACCAUAGCAACAGGGGCAUCGCAGCUCAUGGAGUGAGAGUGCUAACUAAUAUAACAGUGUCUUGUCAAGAAAAAGAUCUCUUGUCACUGGAGCAAGAUGCUGUCUUCGGCCUGGAAUCCCUUCUGGUGCUUUGUAGUCAAGAUGACAGUCCAGGUGCUCAAUCCACUGUGAAGAGUGCUCUCAGCUGUAUGGUGAAGCUGGCCAAGGGCCGGCCCCAUCUGAGCAGGUCAGUGGUUGACACUCUGCUAACUCAGCUGCACAGCUCUCAGGAUGCUGCCCGGAUCCUCAUGUGCCACUGCCUGGCAGCCAUUGCCAUGCAGCUCCCGGUACUGGGCGAUGGAAUGCUUGGGGACCUCGUGGAGCUCUACAAGGUGAUUGGACGAUCAGCCACAGACAAGCAACAGGAACUUCUGGUAAGUUUGGCUACUGUGAUUUUCGUAGCCAGCCAGAAAGCAUUGUCUGCAGAAGUGAAGGCGGUAAUCAAGCAGCAGCUUGAAAGCGUCUCCAGUGGGUGGACCGUGUACCGGAUUGCCAGGCAGGCUUCCAGAAUGGGCAACCACGACAUGGCUCGAGAGCUUUACCAGAGUUUGCUGACGCAGGUUGCAUCAGAACACUUCUACUUCUGGCUGAACAGUCUGAAGGAGUUCUCCCAUGCGGAGCAGUGUCUGACUGGGCUGCAGGAGGAUAGCUUCAGCUCAGCACUUUCCUGCAUUGCUGAGUCUUUGAAGUUCUACCACAAAGGGAUCGCCUCCCUAACGGCCGCCAGCACACCGCUGAAUCCUUUGAGCUUUCAGUGUGAGUUUGUAAAGCUCCGGAUCGAUCUCCUCCAAGCCUUCUCGCAGCUCAUUUGCACGUGUAACAGCCUGAAGACAAGCCCUCCCCCUGCCAUCGCCACCACCAUCGCCAUGACCUUAGGAAACGAUCUUCAGAGGUGCGGCCGGAUCUCCAAUCAGAUGAAGCAGUCCAUGGAAGAAUUCCGAAGCCUUGCUUCCCGGUACAGAGAUCUCUAUCAGGCAUCCUUUGAUGCAGAUUCGGCCACUCUGAGGAAUGUAGAACUCCAGCAGCAGAGCUGCUUACUGAUAGCUCAUGCCAUAGAAGCCCUGGUUUUGGAUCCUGAAUCAGCAAGCUUCCAGGAGUAUGGGUCCACGGGCGCUGCCCACGCCGACAGUGAGUAUGAGAGAAGAAUGAUGUCCGUGUACAGUCGCGUCCUAGAGGAGGUGGAGUCGCUUAACCGGAAGUAUGCCCCAGUUUCCUACAUGCACACAGCAUGCCUCUGCAAUGCCAUCAUCGCUCUGCUGAAAGUUCCUCUUUCAUUUCAGAGAUACUUUUUCCAGAAACUACAGUCUACCAGCAUCAAGCUUGCUCUGUCACCUUCUCCCCGGAGCCCUGCAGAGCCCAUUGCUGUGCAGAAUAACCAGCAGCUGGCACUAAAGGUAGAAGGCGUUGUUCAGCACGGAUCUAAACCAGGCCUCUUCCGCAGAGUUCAGUCUGUGUGUCUGAAUGUUUCCUCCACACUGCAGAGUAAAUCUGGCCAAGACUACAAGAUUCCCAUUGAUAGCAUGACCAAUGAGAUGGAGCAGAGGGUUGAGCCACAUAAUGAUUACUUCAGCACCCAGUUCCUGUUGAACUUUGCUGUCCUUGGAACGCACAGCAUCACAGUGGAGUCAUCGGUGAGAGAUGCCAAUGGCAUCGUCUGGAAGACUGGCCCCAGAACUACUAUGUUUGUCAAAUCCCUGGAAGACCCCUACUCCCAGCAGAUUCGCCUACAGCAGCAGGCCCAGCAGCCUUUGCAGCCACAGCCACAGCCGCAGCCGCAGCCUCGCAGUGCCUACACCCGGUUUUAGCUGUGCUACAAGCAUACUACUGCCACACUGCACAGCCAUCAGACUACAAGAAGAGUCUUCCGCAUGUGCAUUAAGUGUCAAUGUUACAGUGUGAAAUCCAGUAUUCACUGAUAGCUGUAAUGUAACAUUCUGGUGAAGUUGUUUUUGUUGUUGUUGUUGUUGUUUUCUUAAAAAUUUAGUGUAAGAAAUAACCUGGCUCUCAGCCAAAAUAAAAGUGCUUUUUUUUUUUUUUUUUUUUCGAGACAGGGUUUCUCUGGGUAGCCCUGGCUGUCCUGGAACUCACUCUGUAGACCAGGCUAGCCUCAAACUCAGAAAUUCACCUGCCUCUGCCUCCCAAGUGCUGGGAUUAAAGGCGUGCGCCCAAAUUUCUUAAACCCAGUCUUCUGUCUCACACUUAGCAUUUUUGUUGUAUUAUUCUUUGUGGUUGGUGAGCUUUUCUUCUUCCAAGAAUAGUCACAGAUCAUUGGUAAAUUUGACUGUGUCUCUGUCUACCAGAAUUAUUGUGCUGACUGGCCCGACCUGGGGUUUUGAGGCAGGCAGGGAGUACUGUUGAGUCGUGCAGUGCUUGUCCUGGGCUGGAGAAUGAGGCCUUCACAGAGGCCGCACCUGCCUUCUGGUCUGUGGGAGCCUGUGGGCCACAGGCUCAGCGGCCUGCUGCAUUGGCACCUCUUACCCACCUUCUGUCCUGAAGCAAUGUUAGUUUAUUGUUUUGGUCUUUGAUUGACCCAAAAAACAGCUCCAGCUAGAAAGGUUGGAAAUGAAUGUGUUGUUUUUUCUGGUAUGUGACUAGUGUGGACUUCUGAUAUUUUUUUUCUACAAAUGGAAUGUGGUUCACAUAUGUCUUCCUGUUUGAUGUAAAGGGAACAGAUCCUUCCCCGCUCUGGUUUCUACUAGAUGACGUAUUACUCUACACCUGAUGUCUAGACAGCUAUCUCCGAGACGUAACCUCAGCUGGGAUGCUCAGGGAACAGACUCUGGCUAGCCAGAAAAGCCCUUUUUCUACUUGAGUCAUGGUCAGAAACUACAUGACAACACACUGAUUCUAGGUUUGAUUUAACAGUUGACUAUGGCUGCUCAGUGCUUUUGGACCACGGUUAAUAUGAUGAGCUGAGCCUGCCGAUACCCCCUGUGGUCAUUGGUGUUGGGUGCAGUGGGCUGCUAAGGGCAUGAGCCCUGGAUUUCCCUGUGUAAAUAAAUCUCCUAAUUUCUUUGCUUGUGUUUUACCUUUUUUUUCUCUUCAAAGUCAUACUGAUUCAUAAGAGGACUUGACUUUUUUUAAAUGGAGUUUGGUUUUUGUUUUUUCCUGUCGCAUCACCCCAGGGACUGAGAAGUGAUCGACAACUUGGGUUCCCCUGAGGUCACUUUGCUUUGUGAGAUGUUACCUCUGCAUAGCCCAUUCUGCUUGUCAUAGUCUGUGCAAGUCUACUGUAUCCACUGUAAGUGACCUCCCCCCCCAGCCACCUCAGUGCACAUGGUGCACAGUCGGCACUUGGUCAGCGUCUGGGGACUGAUGCCAGAGUGCGAGGGAAGACCCGUGCGGAGCCCGUGUCCUUUGCUGGAUAUGGAAAGAGCUGAGUCAAUGUUCCACUUUGGGCUCAGCAGUGAGUCGCGUGUCUCUGUAGAGUCAGCCUCUUAGCAAAUGACUGAAUUAGGCUAGGUCUCUCCACUCUAACUCAGCUUUAUCAGGCAACUGGAUUAAAAAAAAAAAAGAUAGUGGUGAAGAAAAUUGGGGAAAAUGCCAGAGAUUGAACUUGGUUGAGGACCCAAGUCCCACUUACUCUGUCACCGGCCUGACUUAGCACCCAGAGGAAGACCCUUUUUUUCUUUCUUUCUUUCUUUUUUUUUUUUUUGGAAGACGGGAUCCAGGAUCUCUCUGUGUAGCCCUGGCUGUCCAACCACUUGCUUAUAGACCAGACUAACCUCUAACUCAGACUGCCUCUGCCUCCUGAGUGCUGGGAUUAAAGGCGUGUGCCACCACGCCCAGCCUGUCCUUUUUCACUCUUAAGUAGCUGAUAUUGUAGAGUGAGUUGCAGGUCUCUGGCACUGUUACACAGUAGAUUCCAGAAAGAAUGUAAAUCUAGUAAGACACUCAUUUCUUUUGUGGCCCUCACAUUUUAUGUUAUUAAGAUGUUUUGAUACUUGUGGUUAUAAACUCUUGGAUUCCAUGUACUGUGGUGACCCCCAGACCCCAACAGACUUAGAAAACAAAUAAAAGCAGGUCCUGAU